UACUGGGGAAGUAUAGAGAGAAAUAUUAUAUUGGCGCGUAUCGACCGAGCAAAAACAACUUUUUUCCUAUAUCGCUUACACAUUUCAACUAUUUAGCACAGCGCCACUUUUUGGACAUCAAUAUUUUGUCAAAUCCUAUUAUGGAAUUAUCACAUGAGAUAUUGGAUACGAUAGAUAUUAAUAAUGACAAAGAUGUGAUAGAGGUAUUAAAGCAUGCUAUCACAGAAGAAAAUAUUAUAGUAGUAUCAGAAACUGCAGAGGAUUCUGUUGAAACAGAAAUAGAAGAAAUCAUAGAAAUAAUAGAAGAAAUAGAAGAGGACAAAGAAGAAUCAUCACAAGAAGAUGUUACAUUCACUGAAAAUAAAAAUACAAAAAUUAAGACAGAAAUGGAAGUUUAUGCUUUUGAUGAAGAUAAUUCAGUUUUCAAGACACAUUGUGAAAAAGAACAGGAAAAAAGAGAUCAGUAUCAUAAAAGUAAUAACAAACAAGUUGUAGCAUAUGAUGUAGAUGAGGAUUGGCAAGAUGAAGAUAUGGAAGAAGAAGAAGAAGAGUAUGAAUUAAAAUUUGAAGAUGGAUCUAAUAUACUAAAUCAUUGCACAGAAUCUUUGCAAGGACAAAGAAUAUUAGGUGGUGAUAAAAAGUAUGUAAAUAAUCAAGUAAUUUCCUUACCAUUACAAGCAAAUAGAUCAGAUUCUAGAGACAAUGUAGAAUCUUUGGAUAAAGCAGAAAAAUCUAAAUCAAAUCACGAGUUUAAAAAUAAUGUGAAUAAUGAUGAAACUAUUGAUAACACUGUAAGUCAUGAAAUUGUGAAGAAUGUUGAAAAUAAUCUAUUGUAUACAGUUCUUGGUACAAAGAAGCAAAAUUCGAUGAAAACAUUACAAGCAGAUAAAUUUUCAGAUGCCCAUUAUAUUAAGAUGGAACAACUUGAUGAAAAUACUAUACCAAUUGGUGGAACAAUUUAUUAUGAAGCAGAUAACAUAGAAACAUUGUAUGUUGCACAGACAGUGGAUGAUAAUGAACAGUAUUCUUAUGAUGCCACACCAAUAGAAAAUGAAGAGCAAACGUGGGAAACAACUAACUCAGAUACUAAUCAAAAUCAAGAAAAGGAAAAUUCUCAGGACCAAAUAUUUCUACAUGAAGAUGAAGACGGUCAAUUAUACUUUAAAGAUGAAACUGGUACGUUACAGCCAGUAUAUUUAACUGAAGAUGGUCAUUACGCUAUUGCAGAGAACAGUGAUGAUUAUGAAGGCAAGGAAUCACAAAUUAAAUCUCAACCGAAUGCCAGACAAGUAGAAGAAGAAUCUUACUCUAUGCCAGAUCAUGAACUCAAAUCUACACAUAUUAAUAAACAGAGUUCUGUGGUAUCUCCUGUUGAUCUCGAUAAUGAAGAUAAUACCGUGACUAUUUCCCUGAUAAUAUCCGAGGAUGAACACGGACAAAAAAGAACUCAAGUUAUUAUACCAACAACAGAUAACUUAAAAUGUGAUAUUUGUAAUAAAAGCUUUAAAACAUCGUUCCAAUUACUUCGACACAAUAGAUUGAAACAUGCUCGUGAAGAAGAUAUUACAACAAGAAAUUUCCCAUGUGAUUUGUGUCCUAAAAGGUAUCCAGAUCAAAAUUCUUUAGCCCGUCACAGAAAAACUCAUACUGGUGACCGACCAUUUCAGUGCCUCGAGUGUCAUAAAAACUUUCCAACAUCUACCGCUCUACGUCGUCACUUGACGCUUCAUAAUUCACAAUCUCGACCUCUUCCGUGCAUUUACUGUGGUCGUCGCUUCGUAGAUAAAGCUAGUCUGGUCAAACACGAGCAGUCGCAUUUGGCUGGUGAUCAGCGGACCCACACAUGCGAUGUAUGUCAUAAGUCAUUCUUACAUGCAACUGAUCUGAGUCUACAUAAAAAGUAUCAUGAUCCUGAUAAGAAAUUUGACUGUGAGGUUUGUGGUCGAGAGUUCAACAGAUUGAACAAUUUGCAGAGACAUAUGAUGGUACAUCAACAACAAGGGGCAAAUGAAGAAAUACUUUCAUGUGACGUAUGUGGCAUCACCUAUAAAUUUAUGAGCUCGUUGACGAGGCAUAUGGUGACGACACACAUGAACCCUGAAAAGUUAAGGCAACAAGCAGAAGAACAACGAAGAAAGCGUGAAAAUAAUUAUCGUCGUUAUCUAGAAAAUCGAAAAAUGUACGAAACUCAACAUUCAGGAGGAUAUGGAACGAAACGGAAUUAUCAUAACACGCGUAUACUUAGUGGAAGUAACGAUGAAACGGCUUGAUCUGCAUUUUUGAAC